CUUGAGGGCCUUUGUUCUUGGAGAGCACAAUGGGCCCUUAUAACGCUACGGAGCGUGGCAGGGAACGUACGCAACCCACCCCAACCUCUGCCCCCUGCGCCCAUCAUGACCUACUACGACCCGUACCCUCUGUAUCCUGUAUUUGCCUUCAUCGGCUUCGUGAUCGUCCUCAUUCCUCUUCCCUGGCAUCUUCAAGCUUGGAACGCCGGGACAUGCCUCUUCAUGUUCUGGACGGCUCUUGCAUGCCUGAACAACUUCAUCAACUCUAUCAUCUGGCGCGACAACGUCAUUGACUGGGCACCUGUAUGGUGCGACAUUUCCACUCGUAUCACCGUCGGCCUGUCUGUUGGUAUGCCCGCUGCGUCUUUGUGUAUCAACAGGCGGCUUUACAAGAUCGCCGCAUGCAAGACUGUCAGCAUCACGAAGGCCGAGAAACGUCGUGCGGUUAUUGUGGACUGUGCCAUCGGUCUCGGUAUCCCUCUCAUUCAGAUGCCGUUACAAUACGUGGUUCAAGGGCAUCGUUACGAUAUUCUCGAAGAGAUUGGCUGCUAUCCUACCACUUACAACACCCCGUUGGCAUAUCCUCUGAGCUAUGUCUGGCCCAACGUCAUUGCACUCAUUUCCGCGUACUACUGCAUCAUGAGUCUAUGCGAGUUUAAUCGUCGCCGAGCCCAGUUUGCUAUGCUGCUUUCAAACUCAAACAACGCUUCUGCGCUGAGCAUUUCGCGCUACUUCCGUCUCAUGAUGAUCGCCACCAUCGAACUCAUCGUGGACACCCCCAUUGGCGCCUACGGGCUUUACCUGUCCAUCAAGCAUUCACCUAUCCACCCUUGGAUUUCCUGGGCUAAUACCCACUACAACUUUGGCUUUGUCAGCCAGGUUCCGUCUGUCUUCUGGAAGGCGAAUCCGGCCACGGUCAUAACUCUCGAGUUGUUCAGAUGGAUGCCUGUCGUAUGCGCGUUCGUUUUCUUUGCCCUGUUUGGCUUUGCAGCAGAGGCUCGCAGGCACUAUAGUCUCGCGUUCUGGGCUAUUGCCAAGCGAUUGGGUUAUAUGCCGUCCUCAAAUUCGCCGGGCUCCAAUGUCUUCCGCCGUUGGAUCCUGCGGCGCUCCCCCCAAUCCACCACAUCGUCUCUCCCCACUUCUAAAUACACAUCCUCCUCCCCUCCUCGUACUCCCACGAAGCGAGGAGCGGACCCCUUCACUUCGUCUUUCGCCGACUCUCUCACCGAUGUCGACAGCGAGACCGGCUGGAAUAAGGAGAAGUCUCUGGCGUCGCCCUCGUCUUCAGGAUCCCAGUCAUGGUCGCCGCCAGUUGAGCUCGAUGCUCUCGGCACUGUCGCCGUCCCUCUUCCUUUCCGCCCUACUGCAUCCGAUUCUCGUCCUGCACGUCCUGCGACAUGGUCCCCAUGAUCCAUUGACGACAUUCUCUCACUUAUCAUGCCCCAUCUGAUUCGAUUACUUCACAUCUUCACUCUCAUUGAACUCGACUUGAACCUGUAUCUACAGUACUCUUAGUUACGACCCAUUGAAUGGAAGAACGCCGACGGAUUCAAGUGCUGAAUCCGUCUGGCCAAGUGUCAUAUACUUA